GCAACUCUGACUUACUGUGAAUAAAAAGAGGAACUGUAAGUUAACACAAGAACAUCACAACUUUUCCAGCACAAUGCAACUGACCACAAGGCAUGACAGCUGAUGAUUUGGAAAACUGACAAUGACAAACAACUUCAUAAUGAGUGACCAUGGACUGAGGGAUGUUGCAUAUCUUUGUGAGACUGAUUUUCCAACUUUUACUGGCCCUUUCUUCAUCUUGAUCUUUAUCAUCAGCGUCAUAGGCAACAGCCUCCUCUUAUGUGUUCUUUUCAUCUACGAGGGCCUGAAAAGUAUCACAAAUAUUUUCAUCCUGAACCUGGUCUGCUCUGAUUUGAUCUUCACCAUCACACUUCCAUUUUGGGCCGUUGAUCAUUUACACCACUGGGUCUUUGGGGACUUUGUCUGCAAAUUCCUGACUGCUGCAUUCUUUGUUGGGCUGUACAGCAGUGUCAUUCUGCUGACUGCUAUGACAGUGGAUCGUUUCAUUCUCGUGGUGCUGCACAACUGGCCGAGCAACCAAGUUAAAAGGAAGAGGUGUGGAGUUGGUGCCUGUAUAGCUGCCUGGGUCAUCAGCAUCUCGGCAUCCCUGAGUGAUGCUAUUAAAGUAAAAGCAGUAAACUGGGAUAAUCGUAAUUAUUGUGAGAAUGGAUCUGAUGACAAGCUUGGACGUUAUCUCCAAGUAUCACUGCUAUUCUUCCUCCCAUUUGCCAUCAUUAUUUUCUGCUAUUCUGCCAUCCUAAUGAAAGUUUUACAAGCUUUAAACAGAAAGAAGAACAGAACUGUUGCUGUGCUGUUGUGUAUUGUUGCAGCCUUUUUCUUUUGCUGGGGGCCAUACCAUAUUAUGCUUUUAAUUACUUCUCUUUAUAAACCCAAAGGUUGUAAGGCAGAGGAACGGUUAGAAGUUGCCUACCAUGUUUGUGAAAUGCUUGCCUAUUCUCACUGCUGUAUGAACCCUCUGCUAUGUAUGCUCUCGCAGAAGAUGCGAAAGCAUCUGUUUAAUCUUUUAUGCUGUGAAAAAUUGUGCAGGAAGAAAAGAGAGGAAGACACUGGCCAGAACAUUUCUGUUACUCAUAAUAUAGCUUUCACAACUGCGAGUUCUGCUGUUCAGUUGGAACUGCAUCCAUUAAACAUACACAGUUGAAA